CAAGUUUUCUGGUCUCUUGUCUGGAACUUUGAACUAUUCGUAACCAUGGUUCGUAUUUUUGAUCUCUGCUAAUGCAUGCUGCUCUCCACGCGCCUGAGUUAUUUUGACAGACUCAGGGUUCAGCUUUCAGCAGAGUGGAGUGGGUUUCAGUGUGUCGGCGAAUUUUCGCUGCUGCUGGGCUGAGGUCAAAUUUUCUCGAACUUGUGAGUCAACGUUUAGUAGAGGAUCUGAAUGGUGGUAAUUGUGGUAGCUCGACAAGUGUUCUUUGAAUUUCAGGAGUCGAUCUUGUAAGCAGUACGUGCUAUCUCAUUCUAGCUGAGCGCGCUGGGCUGAGGGAUCAAACACUUUGAUUAAUUGUAGUUUUGGGGACCAUUUAAAGGAAUUUGAAGGUUCUGCGUUUUGUAGGCACCUGCAACUGUCAGUGUAAUUUGCACUGGCUUUACCGACCCUCUUUUGGAUUGAGAGAUAGGAAUGUUUUUUUCGUUUUCUCAGCAACAUUCAAUUGGUCAUGAUUUCAUUGCUCCAUGUGAGGGUUGAGGCUUCUGAGUCCUACGAUGAGAAUUUUACCUACCAUUUUCCACAUUUUUACUUUAUGUCUUGAUGUCGACUACUUUUGAGGUGCAGGACAAGAAUUGUUCUAUUGAUGAAAACAGACUGAUCUUGGAGUGUCUGUUUCUUAAGAGACACGGAGGGUUCAUACUCAGGAGAAAGAUGAUAAAGACUAGAAACCUUGCGUUGUUGUUGAAAUAAACAUUGGUGCACUACGAAAACGAAGAUGGCCAGGGUACACUUGCAGCGUUUUGCCAGCACUUACAUUUUGAGCCAACAAACUGGGUCACGUGGCUUCCUCAAUACUUCGAGAAUAUUAGCAACGUUAGGUUCCUCCAGCAAUAUGUCAUGUACAGUCAUUUCGGCGAACAGGUUUCUUGCGUUGGUCCGCCCGAUAUCUACUUCAGCUCAACAUAGCAUUUUUUCAUAUUCACAUGAUGAGAAUAAUCGUUACUGGUCGCAUGGACACAUUUCGAGAUAUUGUACAAGAAACAAUCAUAGUGACGAUUCAGAGAUAGUCUCUCUACCUGAUAUCAAAAACACAGAAGGGAAGAAUCCUCCCAAGAAGGUUCUGGACGGGGGCGCAAAAUUCAAUGUUGUUCGAAUAGACGAUGACGGUUCAUGGCAUCAUCUUUCGCUGAGGACCUCCGAGUUUAAUAUUCAUCCAAGGGACAUCGAUUUGUUGGCGAGGUCUAAGUCCUUUGUACCCCAACGGGCGACGAUAUCUGUUCGGAACGAAAAGGUGAUCGUGCGCAUGGAGAAUGUGAGAGCACUAGUCUGCAGAGACCACGCCAUACUUUUUGAAGCUCGCCGUCCUCCAAUCGGCAAGGUGGGUGGAACCGUGGGAAAUCUAUCAAGUAAGAGAAAAGCUACAAAUGAAGUAAUGGACAGGGCACGGGAGUUUUUUGCAAUUUCCAUGGCCGAGCAAGUGAAGAAUCCAUCAGGAUACACUUAUGAGAUCAUGCCAUUUCACUUGAAAAUGAUUGAGUGCUUGCUUGAGGAGACCAGCAAUUUUUUCAAUCAGAAAGUUGAAAGACUUAAGGUGUUGGUGGAGCGCAUCCUUGAGGAGCUUACGUCAGACGUGAAUAUGGGAGGGCUCCAGCGAUUGCUGCCGUUAAAGAGGGCCCUCACAGAAGUGGAGCAUGAUAUUCACGAUGCCCAUAAUGCUAUGGAGCAGGUGUUAAAUAGUGAUGAGAAUCUGCAGGCCCUUUGUCUUGAAGACAAGACACUGUGCUCAAUCAGCUCGAGCACUCCCAAUAAAACCAAAGAGGCAUCAUUUCAUCAUAGUAUUCUACGGCAGGCAGCAGCUGACAUGCUCCUGACAUAUCAGCGAGAGUUUGAUGAUGCUGGUGGUGCACUUGAGGAGCUGCGAAAAGAUUUGAAUGCGGCUCAGGAGAUUUGGGAAUUGGGAUUAGACACAACUCGAAACCGAAUCAUACGCACAGAUCUGAUGAUGAGCAUGUGCACCCUGUCCGUAAGCUUAGCUGCAGCUAUUGGGGCAUUUUUCGGCAUGAAUCUUCAGAGUGGAUUUGAAGAACAUCCAACCCUAUUUUGGUGGGUUUCAGGAUGUGCCACUGCCACAUCUGUAUGUGCUGCUACCAUGUUGUUUGCUUACUCUCGUGUUGGCCCCAAGAUGGAUGAUAGACGGCGUGCUCAGGAUUUAGCGGGGCUGCAAAAUCUCGUACAACACUUGGACGACCUUGAUGACAUUUUCCAAGUGGUCAUCACUGAAGUGGCAGGAAAGCCAGUCACACAACUCGAAUUCAUGGAAAUUGUGCGGAAGCAUCCUUCUGCCCAGCAUAUAAGUCAGAGUGAGCUGGACCUCAUGUUUCGUCUCUUCGAUGUAAAUCGGAACCGUGUCCUGGAGCUCAAAGAGUUCAAUCUGCAACACUCCAGCAAUUUUUCAGCAUUCACGCAAACUUAGAUACUGGGGCCACUUGGAUGUUGAAGAGCUGAUUAGGAACUCAAAACUUGAAAUUAGAAACUCUGAAUGAGAGUUGGCUUCCUAUCAAGCCAAAUAUCAAAUGUAUGAUUAAAUAUAGUAACACGACAUAAUGAUUAUCUUUCUGUUAAUACAUUAUUUUUUUUCGAA